AUGGGGCCGCUCCAUACAAUCGUCAUCAAGGCAGACUCGGACUAUCUUGUCAAGGGGAUGACCGAGUGGGUAUUCAAAUGGGAGACCAACGGUUACAAGACUGCUAAGCGAAAACUGGUCGAAAAUGCGAAACUGUUCCAGGAGUUACGUGCACUUGUUGGAGACUUGAACACAUCUAAUGCCGAGGUGCUGUUCUGGCGAGUGCCUCGGGAGAUGAACAAGGAAGCCGACGAGUUGGCCAACCAGGCGUUUGAUGGCUGA